ACUCGAAAGUCUGCCACGUGUAAAUCGCAUGCUUCUGUGUAUGAUCAGCAUCGUUGCUAGGGUUCUCGAGAAAAAAGAACAUGGAUAAUUUGAUGGUGGGCCUCCGUCGAUUGAUGGCGAUAGUAGAAGCGCUCUCUCUGCAUAUAAAAUAUCAACAAGAUGGCAAUUACGGCAGUGCGGAGCUUAACCAUGUAUCUGAUUUUCAAGGAGUGUAUAAGAAUCUUCACAUACCAGCAGUCAUCGUUGGAGGCGUGUUUGCUCUAAUUGCACUCGUCCUUUCUACUUUCUUAAUCUUUCAGCAUCUAAGAUCAUACAACAAUCCUGCUGAGCAGAAAUGGAUAAUUGGCGUCCUAUUCAUGGUUCCAGUGUAUGCAAGUGAAUCUAUAAUAUCUUUAUCAAAAGCAAAAUUUUCCAUUGUGUGCGAUAUCCUAAGAAAUUGCUAUGAAGCAUUCGCCUUGUACUGUUUUGGAAGCUAUUUGGUUGCCUGCCUAGGUGGGGAUGAGAGAGUUGCAGAAAUUCUUGAUAAAGGAUCAAAGAAAAAGCUUCAAGAGCAAUUGCUCGAAGGGGAUGAGGAGAAAGGAUUGCCACGGCGCAGCUCAUCACUUCAUGAUUUCUUUUGUGACCCAAGUGUGCUAGGAAACGACUUGUACGUGAUAGAAAAAUUUGGCCUUGUACAAUAUAUGAUAUUGAAGACGGUGUGCGCCUUCUUGGCAAUGUUGUUGGAAGUUUUUGGAGUUUAUGGGGACGGCGAAUUUAAGUGGUAUUAUGGAUACCCUUAUAUUGCUGUUGUUAUAAACUUCAGUCAGAUGUGGGCAUUGUACUGUCUUGUGCAGUUUUACAAUGUUACUCAUGAGAGGUUGGCACCUAUUAAACCUUUGGCAAAGUUCAUCAGCUUUAAAGCCAUUGUGUUCGCGACUUGGUGGCAAGGCGUGGGUAUUGCUAUAAUAUGUUACUUUGGUAUCUUACCUAAGGAAGGGAAGAUUCAGAAUGGAAUCCAGGAUUUUCUUAUUUGCAUAGAAAUGGCCAUUGCAGCUGUUGCCCAUAUUUUUGUUUUUCCGGUCGAACCAUACAAGUUCUUUCCUGCAUCUGGAUAUGAGGAAGUUACCUCUAUAGAAACGAAAUCUGACAUUAAGGUGGAUGAGGAUUCUGAGGGGAAACCAGCUAUUGUUGAAGAGACUGAAAUGAAAGUUGAAGCUCCAGGAACGAGUAUUACUGAGAGUGUUCAGGAUGUUGUCGUUGGAGGUGGCGAACAUGUAGUUAAAGACGUCGCAUUGACAAUAUCCCAAGCUAUAGAGCCUGUAGAGAAAGGUGUCACAAAGAUACAAGAGAGCCUCCAUCUAUCUAUGGGAUCAGACAAGGAGGACGAAGGACGUAAGGUUGAGGUCGAAGAGCAGGUCACGGAGAAAGCGGAAGAUGGCGAGGUUGAAGUAAUUAGUUCGGAGAAGGUAAUUGCUGAAUCCAGUGAUUAAAGCCGGAAGUUCUAGGAUAGAAUGGAAGUAUCAGCAAAGGUUUGUUUUGAGAGUCAGAAUGUUCGAAGAGACAGUGCAGCAGGAAAUCUCAUGUUUUUAGCUUACUUUGUUUAGGCUUGUGGGUAUAGUUUGUGAUAGUGAUUUUAUUUCUUCAGGAUCUUGAUUGCUUGAGUGGUGUUAUUGUGAGGUCAGAGCUUCGAUUGCUGUUGUUGUUUUUCCCCCUUCUUUUUACCCCCAGUUUCUAUAAAGGGAAAGUUAAA